AUGAAAGAAGAUAAAACGCCUGAUACUUCUAAUGAAAAAUUAAUUCAUGGCAUAGAAUGUUUAGAUACUAUGCAGUGGAAUGUGGAUAGACAUCAUGGUUGGUAUACUGAAACAUGUGAUACCGAUGAACAGGUAAACCACCAGAAAAAGCGUCCAUGUGAUUAUAUCGUGCGAACAAGUUAUGUAGCAAAUAAUUCAACAAAUUUAUCCAACGAAUCACUUCAAGAAAUCACUCCAAACAGUCCAAUAAGUACAAAUGAUACUACUCAUUCACCUAAAAAGUAUAAAUUGUUUCCAUCACUGAGUUUAUUAAAUCCAAAAGUUCCAAAAUUAUGCAAAUCAGGAAAAUUCCGUGUUAAUCUUAUCCUACGCUUACGUAGUAUAUGGUCACGUUCACGAUCUCAAUCACAUCGACAGAAAUCAAAACACAAUACAAACAAUCAACACCCACAUUACAAUAACAAACCAAUAAACAAUAAAACUUCCUGUGAUUCCUUGAGAUCAAAAAAUACAUCUCCACAUGUUGACAACACUAACAAUCCACCUAUAAGUGAUACAAGAGUAGUCGAACUUAAGAAAGACAAAUCUAUACCACAUGUGAAAUUCAAAAUUUCAGAUAAUUGUCAGACGUUGAUAUCAAGACAUUGUCAUUCCGACUAUUGUUUACUACGAUCUAAUCAUUUCCGAAAGUGUCCUCAUAUUUACAAUGAUCUCCCUUAUGAUCAUCGUCAUCACCAUAACCAUCAUCAUCAACAACGAUAUCAACCCGAAUUGGACGUAUUCGGCAAUGAACAAACCAAUCUAAACAGAAUAUCAGACGACCUACAUCAUCUUAACUUUUAUUACUCUAAUCAUCGCUCUUUAUCUACAGGGAAUAUAUGUUGUCUUUAUUCAUUAAGAUGUGUACCAUCAGUUGAGUGUAUAGCAUCCCCUAUGUCAUCAUCUUGCUUUCAAGGACCCCAUCAACAGCACAAAGACGACUUCACAGAGAACAAAGACUCCAAUACAGUGAUAACUUCAAUUAUGGUGAAUAAAGGAAAUCCUUCAAAGUUAAUUUCACCAUUUGAAAAGCUUAAAUAUCAUCCAUGCUAUCGAGAUAAUGACAAAAAUCUAGGCAAAUGGAUUCAAAAAAUGUUAGCACACAGUUCUGAUGACAGUUCGGAUAGCCCUGAUACCAGUAAGGAUGAAGAGAAGAAUCAAGAUGAGGCUAUGCAUAUUGGUAGUAGUGGUGGUAGUAAUUUUCAUCAAAGAAGACAUUCUGACACCUUGAAACAUGUACAUUUUGCUGAUGAAUCAACCUGUUCAUCAUCAGUGACCACAUUGAACUCUUUGUCAAGAUCAUCAUCCCUCUCCUCAAUGAAUUUUACUAAUAAUUUGCUUUCACAACCGUGUUGUUCAGUUGUUUCUUGUCGUUGUCAUGUCGGCGAUAAAUUCUUAUCAGGAACAACAUCAAUUUCCAAAGAUUCUUUAUUUUAUAAUCUUAAGCGUAAACGUGGAACAAAGCGAAAUCUAACAAAUUAUGAUAAUGUCUUUGACGAAAACCUCAGUAAACAUAAAGAUAUGUUGGAUGACCGACAAUUGACAAGGCAUAAUGAUAGAGAAACACCUUUAGUAACAGUGAAUCUAUUUCGUAAUACCUCGGAACCACCUGAAGUACCUCCAUAUGUUUUCGACCAUCUAAAUACAGGAAAGAAAUGGAUACCGAAAUUUGCCAAUCCAAUAACAUUCAAUAAUUUCAAUCAACGUCUUCUUGACCAAAGAGUAUGCCUGUGUCAAUUUUGGUCUGAAAACUCGGAAUCAUUCUGCGUUCAAGUGAAGACAAUAACUACUUCCGGUAAAAAUAAUCCUGACUUCACUGUUGAAGUUCGAUUACGCUACACUCUGGAUAAUUGGCGAACAUAUACGGAAUGUCCACCGUUGACAAGAAUUGAUCAUUUAACCGAAGCCUACAAUGAUCAUCAAUGGAUAGAGACUUAUGAGUCAGAAAUUAAACUACACUUAGCCUUAUUCAAUGAAAUGACAGUUUAUUCUGUAGAUUAUAACUCCUAUUUAUUAGAAUUUGCUGUUGUCUAUCGAGGCAGUGGAUUUGAAUACUGGGAUAAUAAUUAUUCACAGAAUUAUUUGUCUUAUCUCUGA